UCCCCGCGUCCCCGCCCCCCAUGCACCACCUCCUGGAGCAGCCCGCGGACAUGGCGACGGCGCUGCUGGCCGGCGAGAAGCUGCGAGAGCUCAUCCUGCCCGGCGCGCAGGACGACAAGGCGGGCGCGCUGGCCGCGCUGCUGCUGCAGCUCAAGCUCGAGCUGCCGUUCGACCGCGUGGUCACCAUCGGCACCGUGCUCGUCCCCAUCCUGCUGGUCACCCUGGUCUUCACCAAGAACUUCGCAGAGGAACCCAUUUACUGCUACACCCCUCACAACUUCACCCGCGACCAGGCCCUGUACGCCCGCGGCUACUGCUGGACGGAGCUGCGGGACGCGCUGCCCGGCGUGGACGCCAGCCUGUGGCCAUCGCUGUUUGAGCACAAGCUGCUGCCCUACUCGCUGCUGGCCUUCGCGGCCAUCAUGUACGUGCCAGCGCUGGGCUGGGAGUUCCUGGCCUCCACCCGCCUCACGUCGGAGCUCAACUUCCUGCUGCAGGAGAUCGACAACUGCUACCAUCGUGCGGCCGAGGGCCGCGCUCCCAAGAUCGAGAAGCAGAUCCAGUCCAAGGGGCCCGGCAUCACGGAGCGCGAGAAGCGCGAGAUCAUCGAGAACGCCGAGAAGGAGAAGAGCCCGGAGCAGAACCUGUUCGAGAAGUACCUGGAGCGCCGCGGCCGCAGCAACUUCCUGGCCAAGCUGUACCUGGCGCGGCACCUGCUCAUCCUGCUGCUCAGCGUGGCGCCCAUCUCCUACCUGUGCACCUACUACGCCACGCAGAAGCAGAACGAGUUCACGUGCGCGCUGGGCGCGGCGCCGGACGGCGGGGGCGGCGGGGGUGCAGCCGUGCGCGUGAGCUGCAAGCUGCCGUCCGUGCAGCUGCAGCGCAUCGUGGCGGGCGUGGACAUCGUGCUGCUCUGCUCCAUGAACCUCAUCAUCCUCGUCAACCUCAUCCACCUGUUCAUCUUCCGCAAGAGCAACUUCAUCUUCGACAAGCUGCACAAGGUGGGCAUCAAGACGCGCCGGCAGUGGCGCCGCUCCCAGUUCUGCGACAUCAACAUCCUGGCCAUGUUCUGCAACGAGAACCGCGACCACAUCAAGUCGCUCAACCGGCUGGACUUCAUCACCAACGAGAGCGACCUCAUGUACGACAACGUGGUGCGCCAGCUGCUGGCCGCGCUGGCGCAGUCCAACCACGACGCCACGCCCACGGUGCGCGACGCCGGCGUGCAGACCGUGGACCCCAGCGCCAACCCCGCCGAGCCUGAGGGCGCCGCCGAGCCGCCGGUGGUGAAGCGGCCGCGCAAGAAGAUGAAGUGGAUCCCCACCAGCAACGCGCUGCCCCAGCCCUUCAAGGAGCAGCUGGCCAUCAUGCGCGUGGAGAACAACAAGGCCGACAAGCCCAAGCCCGUGCGCCGCAAGACGGCCACGGACACGCUGAUCGCGCCGCUGCUGGACGCGGGCGCGCGGGCGGCGCAUCACUACAAGGGCGGCGGCGACGCGGCCCCCGGACCGGCCCCGGCCCCCGACAAGAAGCACGCCCGCCACUUCUCCCUGGACGUGCACCCCUACAUUCUGGGCACCAAGAAGGCCAAGCCCGAGGCCGUGCCCGCCGCCCUGCCCGCCUCCCGCAGCCAGGAAGGGGGCUUCCUGUCCCAGGCAGAGGAGUGCGGGCUGGGCCUGGCCUCCGCAGCCACCAAAGAUUCUCAUCGCCACCUUCGACGAGCCCAGGACAGUGGUGAGCACCGUGGAGUUCUGAGGGGACAGCUGCCUGGGCCACUGCAGGUCCCCCUGCAUGAGCGCGGGAUGCCAGACCCCACCCCCGCGUGGACGUGGCCUCUGCUUCGCCAGCACUGCCUGCCCCUCGCCUCCCACCCGCAUGCCUCGGGCUCACGGCCUCUCCCACCCGCCCCAUGGCGUUGUUGGGCGCUGGCUGGGCCAGGGGCUGGCCGCGACCCCAGGGAGCCUCCCCGACCCCGCAUCAGGCGCUCGGCUGUGAGAUGAAGAGUUUAUUUUUUUAGUCAAUUUUCUCUUGGGUCCAGGAUGCCGGCCUGUGAGGGACAGCGUGGGUCCCAGGCCUGGGCGGACGCGGGAUGGUGGCACACUGGGCCUGGGCACACCCAAGAGGUCAUAUUCAUGGCUUGCCCCAUGCGGGGGCCAGGGGCCGGGGGCCGCCUCGGGUCACAGAUCUACAUGCACUUUCUCCUUGUUCCCCAACAUACCCGUACUUUAUUUUACUAUGGUUACUGUAACUAGCAAGUAUAUUUAUUAUCAGGAGACUUAGGGUGCAUUUAAAACAACGGGUGGUGUGUGUGUGAGCGUGCGAGUGGCAAGAGGGGAGGGCGCCAGUGUGCAAGGGGAUGUGUGUGUGAGAUGCUAGCGUGUGUGAGUGGGCAGCAGUGUGCAAGCGUGUGUGUGAGCAGGCCCAGGGGUGAGCGAGCGUGUGUGAGACCAGGCGUGGGCACCGGCGUGUGAGCAAGGAAGGAGUCCAACGCAAUAACCACGUCCCCCGCCCGGGCCACCAGCCCCCGGCCCCAGGGCCCACGCCGCAUCCCGUGGGAGCCCAGGGCCGGUGUCUAUAGGCCUGUCCCUAUUACCUCAGCCACGACGACAACGUGACAGUAUUAACAAGGUAGCACCGAGCAUAUCAAUAAAUAUUAUUCUGAUA